AUGCUAGAGCAUCCUUUGCAAGGACCAAACAGAGGGAGUAUGAUAACAGGAAGAAGCGUUCAUAAUCAAAGAAUUGAACGAUUAUGGCGUGAUCUGUUCAACGGUGUAACAUUUAUCUACUACAGCCUAUUUUACCAUUUAGAAGAUAAUGGCAUCCUAGAACCAUCUAAUCCAUCCCAUCUUUUCGCGCUGCAUUACACAUAUAUUCCCAGGAUAAACCGGCAUUUGGAAACUUGGAGACAAGGAUAUUUGCAACACAGGAUAAGGACUGCUAGAAACAGAUCCCCCAUGCAACUUUACAUAAUAGGCCUCCUGCAGUACAGAAACUCCCAGCAUGUAGCCAUUCAUGACUUGUAUGAACCCACUACUAUGCAAUAUGCGGUCGAUUGGGGUGGGCCUCUUCCGGUUGAUGCAGAUGUUGAUGUGGUUGAAGUGCCAGAAACAAUAUGUCCAUUUUCCCCACAACGCUUCGAAGAACUUCAAGCAACAAUAGAUCCACUUAGAGAAAGUGAUUCAUACGGGAUUGAUAUAUAUUUGGAAUCAUUGCGAUUUGUUAACACUAUUGUUGGAUAG